UAUUCCAGAUUUUGCAGCCGGAGCCAUGAAGAACUAUGGCUUGGUUACAUACCAUGAAACAGCAUUGCUAUUUGAUGAGAUGCACUCUGCAGCUGCCAAUAAGCAGCGGGUUGCAGUUGUUGUAGCUCAUGAAUUAGCUCAUCAAUGGUUUGGAAAUUUUGUCACAAUGGAAUGGUGGGCACAUCUGUGGCUUAAUGAGGGCUUUGCGACUUGGGUGUCUUACUUAGCUGCUGAUCAGUUCUUUCCUGAAUGGAAUGUUUGGACUCAGUUUCUAGAGGAAUCUACAAUAGGUUUCAAGUUGGAUGCUCUUGCAGGUUCACAUCCAAUUGAGGUAACAUAA